CAGUGUUAGCUGGGGUGUUUAUUCCCUCAGUGCUGUAAAGCUCCUUCAGCUCCACGCUAAAGCGCUCGGGGCUGAUUAUAUAACGGCGGUGACAUAACGGAGCUCCGCUAUCCCUCCAGCCAGCGCGGGACUUUCUCCACAGCCGGUGUUCUCCGCUCUCUACCGGCCUGCAGAGUCCUCCAAACUCCUAAAGCCACUGAACAGCCGACAGGCACCCUGCUUUAAUUCACUUAUUUUACUGUUUUAGUUCGCAGCCACGCGAGAGUGCAGCAGUUAGCAUGGCGAUGUGUUUGUUAAAGCGCUUGCGGCGGCCCGGGCGCUAGAUUACACCCUGACUGACUGCCCCAGUUAAAGUGUGGCCACCAGAAGGGACGACUGCACUGUGUGGAGCUGCUGAAGCUACAGGGAGCUGCCUGAAAAGUUAUGGAAAAUGAAGACCCUGAGUCUCCGGAGGAGAGCCUCAGCCACACGGAGGGUCCCAGAGGAAACCAGCUACCCAAGAAGACACAUUUGACUCAGAUUGAGGUGAUCCCCUGUAAAAUCUGUGGAGAUAAAUCAUCAGGUGUUCAUUAUGGAGUCAUAACUUGCGAGGGCUGCAAGGGAUUUUUCCGGCGGAGUCAGUCCUCUAGUGUGCAGUAUUCUUGUUCUAGGCAGAGUAACUGCCCAAUCGACCGCGCCAGCAGGAACCGCUGCCAGAGCUGCCGCCUCAAGAAAUGUGUUGCCCAGGGAAUGAGUCGGGAUGCGGUGAAGUUCGGCCGCAUGUCCAAGCGUCAGAGAGACUCCUUGUUUGCGGAGGUGGAGAGGCACCGGCAGCAGCAGCAGCGUCUCCAGACCAGCCAGACAGAGCCCCCACCUCUACCAGCGUACCGGCACAGCAAAGAGCCAAGAGGCCGCUCACCUCAUCUAAUUCAGCCACUGGGUCCAGCCUACUCCUUUUCCCUGGACCAGGAGCUCCCCAGCUGCCAGCCAGAAAUGCACGGCUACCUGGACUGUGCUGCAGGCGAGGUCCAGGCUGCAGCGCUGGCCUGCAGGAGUGUCCAGAGGACAGGAAACAGCAGCUGCUUUUCAGCAGGGCGAGGCUUUGACUCCAGGAGAUCCACUCCAGAGGCCAUCCUGAGCAUGCCUGGGAGUGAAAUGGGGUUACGACCUUUUGACCUUGAAAGCUCUUUCUGUCCCUACCCUACCUCAAUGCACAUAGAGGAGCUGUGUGCAAGUAUUGUGCGCUCUCACAGGGAGACGAGUCAGUAUCAUGUUGAAGAGGUACAGGCUCUCAGAUGGAAGAUCUUCAGCAGAGAGGAGAUUCAUGCUUAUCAGAGCAAGUCUGUGGAUGAGAUGUGGCAGCUGUGUGCAGUGAGGCUGACAGAUGCAGUGCAGUAUGUGGUAGAGUUUGCAAAGCGAAUCCCGGGGUUCCGUCAGCUCGGUCAGAAUGAUCAAAUCGCACUCCUCAAGAGUGGUUCGAUGGAGGUGGUUCUGGUCCGCAUGAGUCGAAUGUUCAACACUGAGAACAGCACAGUUUUCUUUGAUGGCAAGUUUGCAGGAUCUGAGCUGUUCAAAUCUCUUGCCUGUGGUGAUUUCAUCGCAGCCGUGUUUGACUUUGCUCACAGUAUUUGUGCUCUGAGGCUGACUGAGCAGCAGGUGGCGCUGUUUAGUGCUCUUGUGCUCAUAAAUGCAGAUCGCCCAUGUCUAGAGGACAGAGACAGAGUGCUAAGAGUGAGAAAAGACAUGGAACUGGCAUUAAGUCUCAUCCUACAUAGAGAUAACCAGGAGAGUCUACAGCACAAGCUGUAUCAGAAGAUUACAGCACUGAAGAGCCUGUGUGCGCUGCAUAUUGAGAAGCUACGCUGGUUCCGGCAGCUCUACCCGCUCACAGUGCACUCCCUGUUUCCUCCUCUCUACAAGGAGCUGUUUGGCUCAGACACAGACAUACAGGCAAUGGUGACUCUAUAGAAUUCAUACUCACAAAGUACAUUUUUAAUAGAGAUUUUAAUCAAUAUGUCUUAAAUGUACACUUUACCUUAUGAAGAAGAUGGAUAUAUUUUUGUAAUUCUGACAGGAACAGAACAUAAUGUCAAUAGAAAAAAAUAUAUCUGAGUCUGUAUUUUGGUGCAGAUGCUGUUUUUUAGUGAAAAGCUAAGAUAUUGCCACAAAUUUUAGACUACUCACCAGUGGUUGUAUUUUUGAUAGUCUACACCUUUAAGUUGAGUUUAAGUUGUGCUUUAUAUGUUGUUCACUGAUAAUACUGUAUAUCUGUAUGCAAAUAUGAUCAGACAUUGGUUUGUCUUGCUGACAUCCUGAAAAAAAAACUCAUGGCUCUGAGCAGUAAUACACAAUUGAGUAUCAGUGAAACUUUCCAGAGAGUGGAUCUUUGUAUUGAAAAUAAACUACUUGAAUCAAACUGCACAAUUAUAACAGCACCAGGUCUCCACUGACACACUGUUGCACGUCGAAAUCCUGCACAGAGAGAAUAUGAGGAGAGGGCACUCCAUCCCUUUAAAUAACCCCAGCACUGAAAAUCCAACAUUGAUUACUUUGCCACAAAAUGCUCUAUGUGUCUGUCUGGAACAUUCUAUUAUAGUACAUUAUAAUUCUCUUUUCUUUGUUUUGUUAGUUUCAGGUCUCCAUUCUCAGGCUAUGUAAAGAACUGAUGUUGGAGGCUGUUGGUUCGGGUGAUUUAGACUUUUGAAUAAUGAAUGACUGCACAAACUGCAUUAAUUACAAUUUGUUUCACAACAAAUUCGACAUAUUCCACAUUUUUCUUUCAUACACAAUAUUUUACAUAUUAAGCCUUGGCAAGAAUUUAUUGGAACGAAAUGGGUAUGAAAGUUCCAGUUAUCUUCACAUAAAGCUUCUACAGUUUUAGUUCCUCUAUAUAUUCAGGGUCCAUGCAGCCUUUUAAAUUAGUGAAUUUAUGCACAUAUGGUACAGGUUGCCUUUGGUAUGGAGCUUAAAAGGUGACAUAAGCUUUUAAAUGUAUAUUGUUUAUGUGGUAUUUAAUAAACUUGAAAUAUUUUAUGGUGUAAUUCAUAAAUGUUAAUUUUAACAGUGCCUUUUUUGUUCUGGACUCACAAGGUGGUGAAAUUUGCUGUUUAAUAAUUACAAUUCAAAAUCUUACAACGAUUAUUUUGUAUUUUAGCAAUAGUAUUGCCAUUUUUUAUGUAAGGAUAAUGCCAAUUAAAUAAUUUAUUAAAUCAUAUGUUUAUAAAAUACCAUAUAAAUAUAUGUCAUUUAAGUGCAAACGCUUAGGUCACAUUUUCAGAUUCAUAAGGCUGCAAUCUCUGGAAUUCUAUCUAAUACCUGUUGGGGGAUGAGUUUGUGAUACUGUGGGACAAACUGCAUACGAACACCCUUAAUUGUAAAGAAAUUUUAGGUGGGGUGUCAAUAAACUUUUGGACAUUUGGUUCAAAUUAAUUCAGCAUUUCUGUUUUUUUUGUGUGACAGUAAUUCUAGGCUAUUAGAACUGUUUUAUUAAACAACUGAGUAAUUCUAUUCUAUUAAGAAGAAUUGUGGCUGACUGAUCACACAACCUGUAUUUAAACUCCUCCUCACAGGUUUUAAAAGGCAGUGUAUAAGUCAAUCCAAGCGUUGAUGAGUAUGAAGUACAAUGACAGAAUACAAUCUAUGGUAGCUUUGCUAAUGUUAGCAUUUAUGAAUGUUUAUGUAUUGUUUAUAAGAGUGUGGAAUAUGUAUUCAGGGAGUCCUGUUCUCUUACCAUUUAACUUAAUUAUUGCUGUGAAUUCUUUUGCUGGGAUUUCCUAGCUGUUGUUAAUCUAUGCUAUAUCUGUGAGUUUUGUUGGUGUUUCGACAUGUAUGCUUUUUGUUUGGUUAUAUUUUGACUUUUAAUUCCAUCUCACUAACCAUAGUGAUUUGCUAUGUUGAGGAAAAUAUAUUAAAUAUAUGUGAAUAAAUAAAAACAUUUCUC